UGUCUCUGAGGAGCAGCCUGCAAGCUGCUCAUUAUGCACAAAGGCAGCAGACGGAAGAGAAACACAACAGACUAAAGCAUCUCUUCCUGUAGGAGCAGAAUGAAGAGAUUUCUCCUUCUCUAAGCUCUUUCUUUAUAUGCUAGGGAAAUGACGGAUUCAAUAGAGAAAUCCUAUUUCUGAACAAGAUGGGGAAUCAGGAUGGGAAGCUAAAGAAAUCCUCUGGUGAUGGGCAGGACAGAAUAGACCCUAGGCCUGACGAUGGAGAGAAUGCAAAAAAAGGAGGCAGAAGGACCCUAGGAAAACGCAGCGACCACCAUGGUAAGAAAAGAAGCAAGUCUGAGUCGAGAUCAUCUGUGUUUUCCAAUCUGAGGAUAAGAAAGACACUAUCCAGGUCCAGAGAUGGCACCUGCGAUUCAAAAGAGGAUGUCCUGGGGGGGCCAAAUAUGCAAACCGAAGAGAUGGACAGUACCCUUUCUAUUGCUACGAAAACUCCAGAAAUUAGCAUCUCAGCAGAUGAAGGAGGCCUCUCUGAUACAGAUGCUGAUCAUUUUGUCUGCAAAUCCUUGACAGCAGCCGCUGCAAAUGAGACACAGGAGGGACAAAAGACCAGUUCGGGAUCUGACACGGAUAUAUACAGCUUCCAUUCAGCCACAGAACAAGAUGAUUUGCUCUCAGAUAUUCAGCAGGCAAUUAAGAUGCAGUUCUCUCAGGAAGGGUGCAGUGAAGCUGGAGAUUUGUCGAAAAUGUUUCAAGGACAACUCACAAGCUCUCAUACUUUAUUUUGGGAUGUCAGUGAACAGUUCCCGUCUAAUAAAGAAAAACUGCCUGGGAGCCCCCAAGAAGAAGAGAAAAAAUCUAUAGUCUCUAAUGGUAUUAGCGGAGGAACCCCUGAAAUUGUCAGAACCAAAAUCGCUGUGGAAAAACAGAUCCCCAAUUGUGCAGAUGAUAGGCAAAUAGUAGCAAAGGAAAUUGAUGAGGUCUCUUCCAUAACCGACACAGUUUCCCCAGCUGAGAUUAACACAACAUGUGACAGCACAGAUGGAGAUAUCGUGGCUCAACGUUACAUAGAAAAUAAAAUAGAUAAUGGAACUGAUAUGACUGAGGAGAGAUAUGUUUUAUCUAAAGAAAAUUCUGCUGAAAUACUUUCUAGCAUGGCAGAAGUCUCUCAGGAAAGUUCCCCAGCUACUGAAAACUGGACGGAAGUCCAACCCCAUUCUGCAGGUAAAACAAGCCGGUCUCCAAGUUCAUCUAAGUAUCAACAACCGCAGCACUUCAAAAAAGGAGAAGGUGAAGAAGGCGAGAACAUGUCCAGCAGCUUAUCCGGAAUCAACAGCAAGUCUGCAGACUGGACAACUAAACUAAUCAAGGUGCAAAAAAAAAACAUGACCAACAGAAGUUCCCCAGAUAUUUUAUUGUAUGGAUCCAAAGAUGGUGGUGUCUCCAAGAAUACUGCAAAUGUCCCUCUGUCUUCUUUAAGCUUUCCCAAUAUACUUUCAGGACAAACCUUACUGGAAAAAUUAUUUAAUGAACAAAGAAAUGCACCAGAGAAUGCAGAAAAACUUUGCUCUGAAAUCCUUACUGUGGGCUUGCUGCUUCCUUUCAGUGACUGUUUUCGUGAACAGUGCAGCAAAAGUGCAGAACAGAUUCCUUCCAAUACACAACAAGAUACAUUUGCCACGAGAGCUGCAGUGAAUCAACCUACUCACUCGCUUAAUUCUUUAGAAGAAUGCUUUACACAAAGAAGUCAAGUCGCACGGUCAUCUUCGUCCAUCUCAUUUACUGAGGAAUUUGAGAAAUGCUCAUCUGGAUUUGGACUUUCCGAAAAACCAAGAGAAUUUGCAGAGGAACAUGAGGGCAAACAUCUGAAGUAUGUAUCUCCCAAGGAAGAUCAUGAAAAUAUAAUUCAGCAGCUUGAGCAAACCAUUGAAGAUUUAAAGGCUAAACUUGCUGAACACGAAAAGCAAUAUAAACAAUCAAACAGUUCUACAAAUAAUGCACAAGAUCAAAAUACUGAAUUAUGUGAACUACUAAUAGAUGACAACCAAAACACAUUGUCAAAGAUUGUUGAAGGAAAAUCUGUGCAGACUUCACCCACAGAGGAGUUUGCCUUAAAUGGAGCAGCUACGAUAACUGAUAAUAAAGUUGUACGACAAGUCGUUUCACCGAUUUUGGACAGCAACUCGCAGUUUACACAUUAUUCUGUAGAUUUAACGUCAAAGUCACAACAGUCUGAGUCCACUAAUAACUCCACAGAAUACAAAAUACCACAAUUGUCUCCACCAUUAACCUGUGGAAAUGCUGUUACCAAUGGCUUUUUCGAAGGCCCGACUACAACUGCAACACAAAUUAAUUCUUCCACUAAUGCACAUCAUACGGAUGUUACCAGUUCUUUACCACUCACAUUGGACUCAAGACUGUGCAUACAAGACCCUUUACCAGGUCUCCCAUCUCAUUCAUUAUCUAGCUCACAUCAAUCUAUUCAUAAUCACCCUAGGCUUGCUUCAGGUCUAGCAAUGCAUCCUUCUGCCUUUUCAUCUGAAAUGUCACGUCUGGUUCCAUUUUGUACUACAAGUCCACCUCCUCCACCAGUACCUGGAUUAAAUUCAGUCAGUGGUGCUCAAGCUACUCUACCUCAACAACCAUGUAACAACUCAAUUCCUCCCCCACCUCCACUACCUCAGCAAUCAUUUAACUCUGCCGAUCCUCUAUCACAAGUAUCAUGUCCUACUACAGUCCUUAUCUCUUCACCAUCACUACCUUUUUGUUCGGGUACUGAAGUUUCAUCCUUCCAUCCUCCCCAUCCACCUCCACCACCUCCUUUAUCCUUACUUACAGGUGCCACUACAGUGCCUCCUCUGUUAUCAGGCUCUGCUACAAUUCCUGCUCCUCCCCCUCCACCUCCUCUUCCAGGUAGCAGUGCAGCUUAUUACUUUCAAUCAUCUUCUAUGACAGAUGUAAGAGUAGUUUGCCCUCCUCCACCUCCCGCACCACCUUUACCACCACAACUAAAUAUGGCUGUAAUUGCUCCUUCACCACCCCUUUUACCACAUGGUGCUGCUGCAAUUCCUCCUCCUCCACCACUGCCACUACCAGGGUUUAACUCAGUUUACCAUCUUCAGCAAACCCCACAAUUCAAUUCAGUUACAGUUCCUCCUCCUCCCCCUCCCCCUCCUCCACCACCACCACUACUAGGUUCUAUCAGCCUUCAAUCUAUUCCUCCUCCCCCUCCACCACUACUACCAGGUACUACUCCUCCUCCACCACCACCACUACCAGGCACUACUGCUAUUCAAUCUAUUCCCCCUCCUCCUCCUCCUCCACCACUACCAGGCACUACUGCCAUUCAAUAUAUUCCCCCUCCUCCUCCGCCACCACCACUACCAGGCACUGUUCCGAAUCAAUCUGUUCCUCCUCCUCCUCCACCACCACUACCACCAUUCGCUAAUAUGGCUGCUCCUCCUCCACCACCUCCACCACCACCUCCAUUAAUUCCUCCUCCAUUUGGCGUCUCACAAAAUUCCUCAUCAUGUUUUGUUCAGACUCAACCACCCACAUCAUUACCAGGUUUUCUACCACCUCCUCUGCCAGCUGGUUUUUUAGCAAUGGGAUUGAGUCAUGACAAAGGAACCAGAAAAGCUGCUAUCGAGCCAACAAAGCCCAUGAAGCCCCUUUACUGGACAAGAUUUGAAUUGCAUGCAAGGAGAGAUUUUACCAACCCUCUAGUUUGGGAAUCUGUUAGUGAAGCCAAGGUAGAUGUCCAUGAGUUGGAAAGUUUGUUUUCAAAAACUGCAAUCAAAGAAAAAAAGAAACCCAUUUCUGAUACAAUAACCAAGACAAAGACAAAGCAAGUUGUUAAGCUCUUAAGCAAUAAAAGAUCACAAGCUGUAGGAAUAUUAAUGUCUAGUCUUCAUUUAGACAUGAAAGAUAUUCAGAAUGCCAUUUUAAAAAUGGACUAUUCAAUUGUUGAUUUAGAAACUCUUCAAGCUUUGUAUGAAAACAGAGCUGCAUCAGAAGAACAGGAGAAGAUUGAAAAACAUAUCAAAUCUUCAAAAAAUAAGGAACAUUCGAAACCCCUGGACAAACCUGAGCAAUUCCUUUAUGAAUUGACAACUAUACCAAAUUUUUCAGAACGAGUUUUUUGCAUUUUGUUGCAGUCAACGAUAUCAGAAAACAUUAGUGCCAUUCAUCGAAGACUUGAAUUGUUACAAAAAGUUUGUAAGAUUUUAAAAGAAGAUCCUGCAGUUUUGUGUGUUUUAGGAUUGAUUCUUGCAAUUGGUAACUACUUGAAUGGAGGAAACAGGACGAGAGGACAAGCAGAUGGAUUUGCUUUGGAUAUUUUGCCAAAACUGAAAGAUGUCAAAAGCAACGAUAACAGCAGGAACCUGCUUUCAUAUAUUGUUUCAUACUACUUACGCCAUUUUGAUGAUAAUGCGGGUAAAGAAGAAUGUGUUUUUAUACUGCCAGAGCCUCAAGAUCUUUUUCAAGCUUCGCAGAUGAAGUUUGAAGAUUUUGUAAAAGAUCUUCGAAAAAUAAAAAAAGACUUGAAUGCAUGUGAUACCGAAGCAGCGAAAGUCUACCAGAAAUCUUUGGUGGAAUAUUUACAGCCUUUCAAAGACAACAUAGCAGAUUUUCUGAGCAAAGCAAACAUUGACCAUGGAAACACAGAAAAGUUUCUUUCUGAAGUUCAUUCAAGAUUUUUGGAAACUGUAGCCUAUUAUUGUGUAAAGCCAAAACUUGGAGAAAAAGAGGUGUCUCCAAGCACAUUCUUCAGUAUCUGGCAUGAAUUUAGCACUGAUUUUAAAGAUUCUUGGAAGAAAGAAAAUAAGCUAAUUUUACAAGAAAGGUUAAAGGAAGCUGAAGAGGUAUAUAAGCAAAAAAAGGAGAAGGCAACAAUUACUGUAAAGCCAAAGCAUGAAUCUGGAAUUAAAGCAAAACUGAGCCUUCUAACGUGAUUGUGGCACAAACAGAGAAUACAAAUGUGGAACUAUGAGAUGAAUGUCAAGCCAUUGUUUUUUGUAUAUAGAAUGGCAUUACAUUGGUACAUAAACAAAAACAGGAUCAGUACAAGGUACUUAUUUUUUCCCCAGACAAGACUGAAUUGAGAAAUAUAAAUUAUUACUGAGCUACAGAACUCAAGAAAUGGAAUGUGGUCUUCAAUUAUUGGUUUUAAACUCCUAUAAUAAAAUAUUUCAAGUAUUACUAUGUGAUGAGUUCCUAAAAUGUUCAUCUUGUCAUUUUUAUCCUCUUUAUGCAACUAUUCUUUUGCUAAUCACUGGUCUUGGUUUAAUAUUGGUUCAACCAUUUUCUAUGUUCAGUUUAUUUCUAGGUUAUUAAUGUACAUAAUAAAUUGAUAAUAAAUUAAAA